GGACCCAGACGUCCUUCAGCAUGCUACCCUGUUGGACUUCACAGCGCCAAAUGACAACUCCGAUCCCAAGAAGGCUAGAAAGUCCACUCACCGCGUCAAGAAGGAGGAUGUCCUUGCUGCAGCUCCGCAGACUCAAGGACUAGAUGCGAAUGCUGAGCUAGUUGUCGGGCGGGAUGCGAUAGACAUCGUUCCAGACAUGAUUACUCCAAGUGCCCGUGUGGAUGGACAAUCGACUGGCGAGACGGGCGUGAGGCCGCAAGACCUGACCAUUGCCCCGGAAGACACACAAGGCGCAGGUCCUUCGCGACGACGACUCGAUUCUACGGGCGACGUAUUUGUGCCUCCGUCCCAGCCGAGCAUGCCAUCUGCGCUGAAAGCGUCAAGUUCCAAGCACGUAGAGAAGCACGCGAAGAAGAGCAAGGACAAGCGGGCGCGGUUCAAGGCUCCCGGCCCGCGCGCACCCUUACUCACCGACGCGCGGGCCGAGUGUAUCCUCACGGCGGCGCGCAAGAUCGGGCGCGUCCGUGCGGGCAUUGCCGCUGGCCUGGUGAGGGGGCGUGAGCGCGAGGAGCGGCGGGCAGAAGCAGCGAAGAAGGCACGGAGGAGGCACAACGUACUUCGGGCGUCGUGCUCGGGAACCACCCUGACUGGCAGGGUACGUGGGUCCCCAGUGAGGGAGAGGCGGGGCCAUCGAACUACCAGAGCGCUGUGGCGGGUCCGAGUGCCGGUACCAGUACGACUGCGACACAGGCUAGGGGCGUGGGUGUUCAGCAUAUGCACCCGUCGGGGCCAUACCAGCUCACGGCGACUCCGCCGCAGAUGCGUGUCGCUCCUGGAUCUGUGCCUGCGCAUCCGUACCCCAUGCCGGGAUUCGUGUAUAUGCAGGCAGUACCUAGUCCGCCGGGUGGACGAGCGGUGCCGCACAGGUGCCGCAGGGAACAGCCAUGAUGGUGCCAGUGUGGCCGAUGCCGGGACGCCGCCCGCGGGAGGCAGCAGUCUCAAGCGCCGGGUCCUCCCCAGGGGCGUGGAGGCCACGCCCAGACGCAGGGGAGAUCGCCAGUAAAGAACGGGCGUGCGCAGGGCCACCGGCUACGCCGUUGGAUUCGUUGUUGAGCGCUGCGACUGCUGCGCGGACUUUGAUGGUGGACGAAGACUACGAUGGGGACGGGGAUGGAGUUGGGGGUGGGGCUGGCGAUGAGACGAGAAGGAAGAGGAGGAGCUGCCGAGCGUGAAGAGGUCGCCGAGGAGACGUAGGUGCGUCGGGUUCGGCGGGCAGCACUGCCUCGACGCGAGGUACCACGGGAAGGACGAGGAG